GUCGCCAUUUUGCUUCGCAUUUCAACUAUGCCCCUAAUUACGCAUGAGCCGCAACAGCACCCGAGUGUGGAACCGGUGCAUCACCCUCGCGCAACGCUGCACCGGUAUGCACCAACUCAAGCCCAUCCACGCCCUCUUCAUCACCCACGGUCUCCACAGAAACCACUACGCCGUCAGCAAACUCAUCGCCUUCUGUGCUCUCUCCAGCACUGGUGACCUCCAUUACGCGUCCCUGUUGUUUAACCAAGUCGAGAACCCCAAUUCAUUUAUCUAUAACACUCUCAUGAGAGCCUACUCCGGUAGCGCUCACCCUCAAAAUGGGUUUCAUUACUUCAAUCUCAUGGUAACAAAUGGCAGCGUCAAACCCGAUUGCCUCUCUUUUAAUUUCGUUCUAAUAGCGUGUGCGAAUUCGUGUUCAUUGCGUUCCGGCAGGCAAAUUCAUAAUUGGGUGCUUAAAAAUGGUGUCGCUUGGUCUGAUACUUAUGUGCAGACAGCGAUAAUAAGAUUAUAUGUGGAGUGCAGGAUUUUUGGGGAUGCCAGGAAAGUGUUCGAUGAAAUUCCUUGUGUCGAUGUUGUUAAGUGGAAUGUGCUUAUGAAUGGGUACAUUCGAAGUGGGUUGGGGUUUCAAGCUUUGAGUGCUUUUAGAGAGAUGUUGAUGCUUGGGUUUGAGCCUGAUGCAUUCUGUUUGCCUACUGUGUUGACGGCUUGUGCACAAUCAGGGGCCCUAUGGCAGGGGAAAUGGAUUCACGAGUACGUGAAGAAGAGGAAAAUUUUGGAAUUUGAUGUGUUUAUUGGUACCGCUCUUGUUGAUAUGUAUGCAAAAUGUGGAUGCAUAGAUAUGGCUGUGGAAGUGUUUGAGGAAAUGCCUAAAAGAAAUGUGUUCUCAUGGGCAGCCAUGAUUGGAGGCCUUGCAGUUCAUGGUAGUGCGAGGAAAGCAAUUCAUUGCCUGGAGAGGAUGCAACAGGUUGAUAGGAUUAGGCCUGAUGGAGUCGUCCUUCUUGGGGUUUUAACAGCUUGCACACAUGCAGGGCUGGUGGAGAAGGGUCAAUCGUUGCUGGAUAAUAUGGAAGCUCGAUAUGGCAUCAUGCCCAAGCAUGAGCAUUACAGUUGUGUGGUGGACUUGCUUUGCAGGGCAGGUCGAUUUGAAGAAGCUCUUCAGCUCAUCAGAAGAAUGCCCAUGAAACCGCUUGCCUCAGUCUGGGGUGCCUUGCUCAACAGUUGUAGGACCCAUAACAAUAUUGAGCUUGCUGAGGUUGCUGUAAGGGAGCUGCUGCAACUGGAGGAUGUUGAUGCAGCAGAAGAAGAAGCAGCUCUUGUUCAGUUAUCUAACAUGUACUUGAUUUCUGGGAAAAGUGAUGCUGCACGGAGGAUACGAAGGAUGAUUGGCGAGAGAGGGCUGAAGAAAACACCGGGAUGCAGCAUGAUAGAGGUGGAUAGAAGGGUGAAUGAAUUUGUUUCUGGUGAUGUAUCACAUCCAUCUUGUGCUCAAAUACAUGCAAUGCUGGAGUUGCUGUCCCUUGACCUCCUGUGGAGGCUAGACCAUGUGGGAUCCGGUACUCCGCAAUCUGUGUAGCUUUUACUUAGCAAAUGCUCACAUUUUUCAGGGUAACUAUUAUAACUUUCUGAGAAUUAUUGCUGUGACAAAUUGACAAUGCGCUUGGUUAGGUUUUGAGUUUUCUUGGCUUCAUCUGAGGACCAAACUUGUGAAACAUGAGCCCCGCCAACCACCAAUCUCCAAUUAAAUGAUAUUGAUGUGC